AUGGCCAACUCCAACACGACCAUCGCGUACCUCUCCACACCCAAUCCGCAGAUCAUCUUCAACGUCAUCUCACCCAAAGAUGGAAAGGCAAUGCUCAUCCUCUUGUUCUUCAUGAACAUUGCACUUGGCGCUGUGGUCAUGGAGACCCUCAACCACCUACGCUACGAUUUCCAACUUGCGCGCAAGCCCGGAUGGCUGCAGCCGGCGAAGUUCGCCUCGCGCAUCGCCUACUUUUUGUGUCGCAUCUUGUCGCCGCUGGUGCUAGUGAUGUUCGUUCUGUGGGCCUCGCUCAAGCAUGUCGACUGCCAUGCGACCGCCUCGGCCAUGUACUCGUUGGCGCUGGUGCUAUUCAGCAUGGUGACCCUUAUCUUUAUGCAGCGCACCAUGGCGCUGUAUAGCUGGAGGAAGAGCAUCGUCUUUCCGCUCUCGAUCUGGUACGUCUUGUUUGUGGUGGUCGGGUUUGGUACGGUGCCAAGGUGGGGGAUUGGAUUCACCAUUCCCGGCACCGACUUCUGCGGCCAAGACCCGAGGAAGGGCGUUCAUAGGGUGCAGGUGUGGAAUAUCUUAUACAAGUGCAUCGGCAUGGGGCUGGAUCUCACGCUGCUACUGCUGAUGCUCCACAGAUUGCUCGACGGCGGCAUCGCGUCGCUCUGGCGCGGUCGUCCGAGUGGUAGCCUCAACGGCCAGGGCAUCUCCAUGGUGCUCAUCCGCCAAGGAUUCCACUUCUACGUCCUCCAGGUCUGUUCAGACAUCUUCCUCAUCACGGUCUUCUUCACUUUGGACGGAUCGUACGGUGCGCUCGGUCUCGCCUGUGCCUUUUCCAUCCCACCCAUCGCAGCGACAGCAGCAUUCCGUGGUCUCGGCGUCAAUUCGUCUAACAACGGCAAGCACACAGAGGUCAACGAGAUCAUGAGCUCCGAUGGAUCGCCUUCGGGUGCAGUGCCGACCACCGUCGGUCAAACAACGGUGCACGCCGGCCGCACCACCCGCGUCAUGUGGGGCAGCAAGAUCAACCCGUUCCACAGGUCCAACCUGGUGGAUGCGAGCAACAUCAAGGUGACCGUCGGCACCGUCUCGCGCACCGACCACAAUGGCAUCGCCGACUGGCCACAGCACCAAGAUGACGACGACGUCGUGGACGACCUGGAGGAUAAGGAUGACAUCGAGAUGCAGCGCCAGGUGCCCAAGUUGACGCUCGACGACAGAAGCAUCACAGGAACCAGCAGGACGUCGUUCGAGGAGGGCAGCGCGUCCAUCGAGAAGGUCGGGCUGGACGACGCAGCUAGCCAUCGUUGA